GGAUUGGCUCUUGGAAGGAUCCGCCCUUGACUGAUAUGGCUGUUUUGUAGUAGAACUACGGACCGGCACAAAGAUGUUCUCCCUGAAGAAAUGGAACGCGGUGGCGAUGUGGAGCUGGGACGUGGAGUGCGAUACAUGCGCGAUAUGUCGCGUCCAGGUUAUGGAUGCCUGCCUGCGUUGCCAAGCUGAGAACAAGCAGGAGGAUUGUGUAGUCGUAUGGGGAGAAUGCAACCACUCUUUCCACAACUGCUGCAUGUCCCUGUGGGUGAAGCAGAACAACCGAUGUCCAUUGUGCCAACAGGACUGGGUGGUACAAAGAAUAGGCAAAUAAUCAAUGGUGGAUCCUCUGGAUGUCUUUGCUGCCCCUGCGGAAGGUCUUCUUCACUCAGGAGGUCAACGUUGUGAAUUGCUGAAGACCUGUUUGUGGAGAUGCCAUUUAUUGUUCAGUCCUAGCUGCUUGUGUGUAUGAAAUUUGUGUUCAUUUGAUCCCGAGUUAACAUCUGCAAAGUUCACAACAGUGGAGUUCAACUAUAAACCAUGGGGAGAAGUAUAGUGACUGUCCUAUAGCUUCCCAGCUACUGGAGCAUGUUCCGGUGGGAAUAUGUUAUUACUUUUAUUAUAUGGAUAACUAGCGUUUCCCUGGUGUACCUGCCUCUAAGUGCAGAGUAAUCCUAAGGAAUUUCUUUGCUUGAAUAAAGUUAAUUGACAAACUU